AUGGCACAACUUCAAGUGACUGUUGUUGAAGGAAGAAAUUUAAAAAAGAAAGAUUUAUUUAGUGAAAGUGAUCCAUUUGUUCAAAUAUAUCUUGAUGAUAAAAAACAAAAACAAAAAACAAAAGUUAUAUCAAAUACAAAAAAUCCUUAUUGGAAUGAAACAUUUGUUUUUAAUCAUUUACAAGGACAAGAUAUUCUUCAUAUUGAUGUUUAUGAUAAAGAUUUAAUAAUUAACGAUAAAAUUGGUCAUAUUGAUAAUUGGUAUAAUCUUCCAUCAAAAUUUGAUAUAUCAUCAAAUGAUUUUAUUCAUCUUAUACUUGAUUAUCAACCACUUAGACUUUAA